CUUGAGAGUCAGUGUAAACUUCUGAAAUGAAUAAUCAAGAGCUCUUUAAGUUGUUGAAAAACUCCAAGGUUGCACAAGUGGCAUCCCCUUUGAGUCCCAAGUUGAGAAGAAGCACUUCUGUUCCAACCCAUCAAAUCAUUCAUACUCCCCAAUCUAGUGCUCAUAGAUCUAACUAUGGUUUGAAAACCAGUUUACCUCGUCAAGUUGGACGUUCUCAUGUUGUUUUCAAUGAUUUAGAUAACUUCAAAGGUAUGCCCGAUGUCGAAAAGUAUUCCGGUCAAUACUAUAAUCUUUUGAAAUUUAAAGAAAGCGGGAUGGUUUUGAAAAGACGUCCAAACGAACCAAAUCCUUUAUUUCCUUCUGAAGUUACUAAAUCUAAAUCAUUCGGCUCUUUAGAGGAAGACGGAAAUAUAUUAUCUGCUUUCAAGUUGAAAAAUGAUGCCUCUUCAAGAGAUGUUCUUAAAAUUAUUCGUAAAAAUCCAGAAUUACAUAGUAAAUUUCAAAAUUGGUUGCUUGAAAAUAACCCUGAAGCAAUUUUAAUCAAUAAUCCUGCAAAUAUCGAAAGAUUAUUGAAAGAAUUCAUUGGAUCUGAUCGUGGUGUAUCCAAAAACAAAGUUAAAGUGUCUGAUUUCACUAGAAAAUUAGGUAAGACUGCCCGUUCGUCUAUUGCAUCAAAAGUUCAAGGUACUGCUGGUUUUUCAUAUUCUCAAAAGGGUAGACUAUCAAAUACUCCAAAUGGUGUCAAAUAUAAUAUCAUUGCUCCAGGUAGAUUGGUUGAUGAUAGGGAAGCCGCCAUUGGUGGAUUUGUCUCCCAACUUAGUGAUCGUAGUGUCACUUUACAAUCAAAUUACAGUAAAUCUUAUCCAGGUAAACACUCAAGACAAUUUGUCAUGCCAUUCAAGUUAAGAGAAGCAGAAUUAAACCAUGAAGGUAAAGUUAGAAUAAGUUCCGAAGGUGUUAUAGCUGGUUCUUGGAUGAAUAGAAUGGAUAUCCCAUUAAAUUCUAAGAACUCUUUCACUCCUGCUAAUCCAAACUUCGAUAAUGCUGACGCUAGAAAUAGUGAUAAUUCUUCUUUAGAAAACUUAUUGGGUAUUCUUAGCUCCGACACAAAAAAUUAA